ACAACAAAAAACCAUGAGAUCAUAAGCCGAAAUCAAGAUCUGAGCCGAAAUCAAGAGUUAGAUGCUUAGCUGACUGAGCCACCCAGAUACCCCUAUAGCUAAUAAUUAAUAACAGUCCCCAUUUACUGAGCACUUGCUCUAUGCCAGGUGCCGUGCCCCAUGAGAAAGCUAAGCCUGGCAACUGGUAGGGCAUCACCCAGCCAGAAAGUGGCACAUUUAGGAUGGGACUUUCCCAUUGUUGAUUGCUAUGUCUCCAAUGCUGGGCACAGUGCCUAGCACACAACACUUAUUAACUGAACACCUACUAUGUGCCAGACACUGUGCUUGGUCCUGGGGAUAUAGCUCUGAAUAAAGCAGUUAAGGUGCCUGUUAUCAAUGGACCUUAUAGUCAAAUUGCAGAGAUUAAAAAAAAAAACCCACAUAAAUGUAAACAAAUAGAGAGAGAAAUGAAUAGUGAUCAUGGCUCUGAUGGGAAUCAACUGGGUGAAUGUAAUAGGGUGUGACUGGGGGGCUAGGAGGGGCAAUAUUAGACCAGGUGGCCAGGAAUCUGGGAUGGCCUCCGAGGAGGUAAUGUUUGAACUGAACUGAGCUCUCAGAGUCAAGAAGGACACAGACAUGUAGCCUGUAGAUUCUGAGUGCCAUCAAGUAGAAUAUUUCAUAUAUGUGAUGUCCUAUAUAUGCCCUGUCCACUAUGGUAGACACUGGCCAUGUGGGGCUCUUGAGCAUUUCAACUGUAACGGGUGUGGUUGAAGAAUUGAAUGUAUUUCAUUUUAAUGAAUCUAAAUGUAAAUAUCCACACGUGGCUGGCAGCUACCAUAUUGAACAGCACAGGUCUAGAGAAAGAACUGUCCAGAAUGAAGCAGCAGCAAGUUCAGAGGGUAUUGUGUGUCUGGAGAAUGGGUCCACAAGUCUGGAACAGAGUGUGUGAAGAGGAAAGAUGGGAGAUGGGGCCAAAGAGGCUGGUAAGAGUCAGAUGAUACAGAGUCCUGCAAACUUUGAAUUUGAAAGUGGUUAGGCUAUGGGUUUUAUUUAAAGUCAUAGAGGCACCUGGUAAAUAACGUGUUGAAAGGAUGGAUGGAUGGAUGGAUGGGUACAUACUUACUGCCUAGGUAGAUCUAUAGGUCAGUCUCCAUGGUGGGAUGGGAAGACGCAGGUGGGGAGAAAGUCAGGCUUGUUCCAUGAACUCUGUGAGCCCCCAGUGGAGUUAGCACUUAUACAGAAAAGGACAUCAUCACCUCUUUGCCCUGACUCCUCUCCACUCCAUGGAAGAUGGCAACUCCCAGAGGCCAACAAAUGAAUCAUCAAUUCCUGGUCACCCAGAGCAAAAUUCUGACCCUCUCCCCAAGCCCAAGGCCUCCUUGUCCCCCUGGACCCCAAUUCCCUAACAUUUUCUCUUCUUCACCAGGUAUCUCUCAGGAGUAUCCCAAGAUUCUCAACGGCACUAAUGGGACCAGCGGGUUUCUCCCGGGGGGCUACACCUGCCGCCCCCACUCUCAGCCCUGGCAGGCAGCCCUACUGGUGCAAAAGCGGCUGCUCUGUGGGGGAGUCCUUGUCGACCCCAAAUGGGUCCUCACUGCAGCACACUGUCUGAAGGAAGGGUACAGAGUUUACCUGGGCAAGCAUGCCCUGGGGCGUGUGGAGGCCGGAGAGCAGGUGAGGGAGGUAGUCCGCUCUAUCCCUCACCCUCAAUACCAGAUCAGCCCCACCCACCUGAAGCAUGACCACGACAUCAUGCUUCUGGAGCUGCAUUCACCGGUCCAGCUCACGAACCACAUCCGUGUUGUGCCCCUCUCCCAAGACUGCCUCCCUGCUGGCACCUGCUGUCGGGUGUCUGGCUGGGGCACCACCACCAGCCCCCAGGUGAGUUACCCCCCAACCUUACAAUGUGCCAACAUCCAGCUUCGCUCAGAUGAGGAGUGUCAUCAGGUCUACCCGGGGAAGAUCACACCCAACAUGCUGUGUGCCGGCACAGAAGAGGGUGGCAAGGACUCCUGUGAGGGCGACUCCGGGGGCCCCCUGAUCUGUAAUGGAACACUCCAUGGCAUCAUCUCCUGGGGAGACUUCCCAUGCGGGCAGCCCAACCGGCCUGGUGUCUAUACUCGAGUCUCUCAAUAUGUUGUGUGGAUCCGAGAAACGAUUCAAAAACACAGAACCCAAGAGUGGAAACGGACGAAGGGGAAGGGCCCACAGUAAAAGCUGAGUUGGUUCACCUGCCUUCUUCCUCCCUCCCUCCCUCCCUCCCUCCCUCCGCACCCUCCUCACUCCAUUGGCCCAGCCCUUCUCUGCCCCUCCCAAAGUUCCACUUGAACCAGUGAUCCGUAUUCUCAGAACCUCUGAUCCCAGCCGACAUUUCGUGUUUCAGAAGCAUUCAGUCACUUCGGAUAUCAUGGUCUCCCACAUACUGCAUCCUGAAAUACCUCAGUACCCUCAACAUCCCAACCCAAUGUUCCAGGACUCCCACUGUUUCAACAGAAUCCCAGAGAGCCAUCUGAAUGUUCUGUCUGUGGAAUACCCUUAAAUACAUUCAUUGACUCAUCUCAACAAUACUCUAUGUCCCAUGAAUGGAACUUCCUUGAUAUCGUGCCAAACCCCUUCACGUAUUUCCUGACUACCAACAUUCUAGACACUUCUGUGUUUGGUGCCCAAGUAGGUUCUAGACUCCUGCGACAUUUCAUCUUGAAAAUACUCUCUUGGGGCACCUGGGUGGCUAGGUCAGUUAAGCGCCCCACUUUGGCUCAGGUCACGAUCUCACGGUCCGUGGGUUCGAACCCCGCGUGGGGCUCUGUGCUGACAGCCUGGAG